AUGAGAAACUUGAAUCUUCCAAGCCUUUGUAAUGGGAUGCGUAUAAUCGUGGAAGAACUGCUCGACAAUCUCAAAGUAGCGAGAAUCAACAGAACCGCUUUCAGAAAUGAAAUCACUACGAUACCAAGAAUAACAAUGAAUCUCUCCGAAGGUGAGGAUAUCCCUUUGCAGCGAAGCCAAUUCCCAGUUCAAUCAUGCUUCGCUAUGACAAUUCAUAAAGCACAAGGACAAACUAUGGACAACGUCUUGAUUGAAGUGGAACGACCUGUAAUUCAACACGGUCAACUGUAUGUGGCUCUUAGUCGCGGAAGACGAAAGGAGAAUGUCAGAGUGUUUUUGAAGGAUACCCAGUCAACUAAGAAUGUUGUUAUUAAAAGCUUUCUCUCGAGCAAACUGCAACAGCGUCAAAAUGAGAAAAUAUUCCUUCUGACGUCAGAACGUGAAAGGGAAAGGCAAAACUAA